GAAGAAGACGCAGCAAACCUCGCGUCUCAUUCAUUUCACCAGCUGCAGAGCUGGUCCGAAUUUCGGUCGGAGAGCCUUCUCUCCUCUACUUGACGGAACGGAAUCUCCUUCAUUCGCUGUUCUGUGCUUUGCUCAUCCACUAAUUCAGGCUGCACAUCAACACAACCACCAUCUUCGGUUCGUUUACUGGCUGUUUUCGUUUCCGAGAUCCACGCUGCUGACCGUGAUAGUUCUGACACCGUCACUCUUCAGGUUAAAUGGCGAGGAUCAAGCCUCAAGCUCUACUGCAGCAAAGCAAGAGGAAAAAGGGGCCUUCUCGGAUAAGUGCUACAACUAUCAUAUUUUACAGCUUGAUUCUUGUCUUGGUUGUGUUUUUCCUGUUCAGUGCAUACAGACAUUGGUCCCACAGGUCAAGAUUUUCAUCAGAGAAUCACAUUACAAACUCCCAGGCUGAAAAUUCUUUUGGAGACUCGAAAAAGUCUGAACUGCCUGGAUAUGCUGUUUUAAAUACGUCUAAAGGCUCCAUUGUAAUUGAACUUUACAAGGAAAGUGCUCCUGAAGUUGUUGAUGAAUUUAUUGACUUAUGUCAAAAAGGGCAAUUCAAGGGAAUGCUUUUCCACCAUGUAAUUAAGCACUAUGUGAUUCAGGCGGGGGAGGACCAAGGGACUGGGGCUACAGAAGAUUGGAACCUGAGAGGAAAACAUUAUACAAGUAUGAAGCAUGAAGCAUUCAUGCUUGGAACUUCCAAGGGCAAACACUUGAACAAAAAAUUUGAUCUUUUCAUCACAACUGCACCGAUACCAGAUCUAAAUGAGAAGCUUAUUGUAUUUGGGCGAGUCAUAAAGGGAGAGGAUGUUGUUCAGGAAAUUGAAGAAGUGGAUACAGAUGAACACUUCCAACCUAAAAUUUCUAUUGGAAUACUUGAUGUGACGCUCAAACAGAUGAUCUGAUGGAUUUGAUCCAAAUGGGAAGUAUAUUGACAUGGGAUAGUUUUCUGCCAAUAACUUCUCUCGGUGCUCCGGUCAAAAUUUUUCAGCAGAGAUUCAUAAAUGAAGUUUGGAGGCUAGGUACUGUGUGGCCUGUGUGUUCCUUUGUUUUUGGGGCACUGAGACGAGCCUUAGGCAUGUGGCUGUUUGGUUGAAGGUUUGGCAGUUUCUCUUUUCUUUUUCGUACUACACGUUGAAUGUAACUUAGAUGAGCAUGAUGGGAUCACAAUGUUUUUUUGUUGCUUUUUUGUUACGUAAAUGUUGUUUAAAUGGAUGGUUCUUUCAUUGGUGAGCUAGAAUAGCUGCCUUUGUAAACUACUCUUACUCUGUACUGUAACGAUGCUCAUAAACGGUAACUUGAUAGGCGUAUAAUGCACAUCGCAUAGGAGUCGGGUAGGACAACAUUUCUGAGUCUGAAAUUGAGGCUGCAGCUGUUGCA